AUGUUUUUUGAUAGAUUUUCAAGAAGUUUGCCAAGGCGUUUGGUUAGUUUAAAAUGAGCAAUAAUCUAGGGAAAACAAAUAACCGAUUCUUUUUCCAAACGCAUUUAUUUUCAGCGCUACCGUGCAAUUGAUCCGGAUCAGCCGAGAAGUGCCGAAACCAGCGAGAUGUCGGCGAAUGGCGCCGAUCAUUUGGAAUGGGAAUCGGUCAAGGAGAAAGUGGUGAAAGCGGGAACUGUUGAACGAUUAGUGGUGAGUUGGCGCCACAUUUUUGUAUUAUAAUUAUUUUUCUCAAUUUCUCCAGGAUUGUUUGGUCGGCGGAGACGAUAUGAUGGAUUCGCGACACUUUAAUUUGUUCUUCACCACUUAUCGAGCGUUCACCGAAGCGCCUACAGUACUCGAAUGGUAAGUUUGUUAUGCGCCUUUGAAAGCGACACCUGUUGUUUCAUAUUUUUUUUUUGUCUGACACCCUCCUCUUUUUGUGUGCUCUCUCAUAAUUAUUCAUAAUUUUUUAUUGCAGCUUGCUACAAAGAUAUGAAGCAUUGGAAAAUGAGAUUAAUGGCAGCACAUCGGCUCUUCUUGUACAAAAGUGAGUUUUUUUCUGGAAAAAAGUUGGGUUUGAAAAAUAUUCACCCGGCUAUUUUUUUGGCCUGAAAUUCUAGAUUUUUGGUCUGAAAUAUUGAGUUUUACGAGCCUCAGAAAGCCUAGUUGUUUGGCCUGAAAUCCUGAAUUCAUCUGGCCUAGAUAAAACUUGAUUUCAGGCCUGAAAUUCUGAAUUAUUCAAGCCCAGAUUUUUGGGCCUAUAAUUCCGGAUCGUUGAAGGCUAGAAAAGCCUAAUUUUUAUGGCCUGGAACUCCGGAUUUUCAGCCUAAUAAUUCUAGAUUUGUGAUCUGAAAUAUUGGGUUAUCCAAGCCUCAGAAAGCCUAGAUGUUUGGCCUGAAAUCCUGAAUUUAUCUGGUCUAGAUAAAACUUGGCUUCAGGCCUGAAAUCCUGAAUUAUUCAAGCCUAGAUUUUCGGGCCUACAAUUCCGGAUUGUUCAAGCAUAGAAAAGCCUGAUUUUUAUGGUCUGAAAUCCUGAAUUAUUCUAGCUUUGAUAAACCUAGUUUCCAGGCCUGAAAUCUGAGAUUCUUUAAGCCCAAUCAAACCUUCAGGCCUAUCUAUAUAUCUGGAUUGUUCAAGUCUGAAUAUGUAAGCCUUCACUAAAUUUUUGGGCAAGAAACUCAAGAUCCCUGAUGAGCUUGAAGUUUUUCUCUGAAAUUCAGGAUUUUUUAGUCCAAACAUACUUUUUCCCCAUUCUGAAAAUCAAAAAAAAAAUCUGAUUUAACUUAAAAAAAAUUACAUUUUCCAGCUCAAUCCGUCAAAUCAUCAUGUGUUGGCUGGAAACAUUUCCCGAAGAUUUCUAUGACCCGGAAAAAGAUUUCGCAAUGCUCAGUUGUCUCUACGAUUUUGGUGUGCGCAACAAACUCAACGAACUUUGCACAAAAUCGCGCAAACAACGAGAGCGUUUCAAGCGAAUUUACGAGAACGGUGGAAUGAUUACAGCUUUGCCAAGUAUUCGACAAUUUGUUGAGAAUAUCGGAUUCAAUCCCAAUGAUUAUCCAACAAAUUUGAAAGAACGUGCAAAAAUGUUUGAUAUUGGAAAAGAGAAUUGUGUACAAAUUGCGGAACAAUUGACGUUUUGGGAUGCGGUGAGAGGAUAUUUUUAUUUUGGAAUUUUCUGAUAAUGAUUUUCAAAAUCUCAUUUUCUCUUAAGACAUCUAAAAUAAUUCCUUCUAAUUUUCAGGCGCUGUUCAAAGAGCUACUGAUUCACCAAUGCCAAGGUUGUGUUUGGUCAAAACGACGAACCGCCGGAGAACGCGUCUACACAGUCAAAGCAACAAUCGAUCAAUUCAAUUCGGUAUCCCAACGAGUUAUGACAAGUAUAGUUUUACCCGAUUGUCGUCCAGAAUAUCGAGCAAAAAUCAUCUCAAAAUGGAUCGAUAUUGCUCGAGAAUUACGAGCUCUCAAAAACUUCUCAUCCCUCAAAGCUGUCCUGUCUAGUUUACAAUCUGAACCAGUUCAUCGACUUCGAUCCGCUUGGAAUCUUGUUUCGUCUCGAGCAAUGAAUCAGUUUCGAGAACUCUCAUCGAUUUAUGAAACUGAUGAGGAUGGAGAUCAGGGAACGGCUAGGAAAAUUUUGGAGCAGGAAGGGACUGCAAAAUCAUCACCACUUCGAAGGCCGCAACUUAUUCAAAAUUGUCGCAGGACUAAAAGUGAUGUGAAUUUAGCAGAAUGUCAGGGAACUGUUCCGUAUCUUGGAAACUUUUUGACCGAUUUAGCGAUGAUUGAUGAAAGCACACCGGAUUAUAAUCCUGAUAAUUUGAUCAAUUUCGAUAAGCGACGAAAAGAAUUUGAAGUGUUGGCAAAACUCCGGCUCUUCCAAUCAGCAGCCAGAGCCUAUAAUAUUCCGAUGGAUCGAAUGUUUUGCGCGUGGUUCCAUUUUUUGCCAUGCUUGAAUGAGAAUGAAUGUUUUAAUCGGAGUAUUGAAGUUGAGAAGCCGCCAGUCACAUCGACGCCGGAUUUGUCGUCGUCGAGAAUUAACACGAGCAUUUUGAGCAAUGCUUCGCAAAGUGCACCGGUUAAAAAGUCAGUUUUAUUUUUAUUUAUUUUUUUUUUUGAAUUCACUUUAGAAACCUACUGAAUUUUUUGAUUAAAUUGAGCUAGAUUUCAGCACAUUUUUUCCAGCUCCACCCUCUCACGUCUCUUCAACUCGGCUCGAAACUCCGAAGACAACUCCAACACUUCUUGGCAUCAUCAACACUCAAACUCCUAUUCAUCAUCAACCAAUUCACAAAUCCCAUCAAUCAACACUGAAAGCUCCGAAGCCACAACAAUUCCACAAUUGUCACGAGAUUCUGGACUUCAAUGUGAAGAUUGGAUUGAUGGACGAUUGGAUGGUGGACCACCUGGACCAGUUCCAUUGUCUGGAACUUCGACGAUUCCAAGAUCAGCCAAUAAUAAUACGCCGUCGAGUUCGAAUGUUUCAUGGGGUGGUGGUGAGUUUUUUGAGUUUUGAAAAAUAUUAAUUCUGAUUCUUUCUCAGAUUCUGAUUCUGAGAACCAAAAACCUGAAAAAAUCCCAAAAUUUUCUUCAUUUUUUCUGCAGUUGUCUAACACUCUCCUCGCUCUCUACAGACUUUCACACCUGUUGGGUCAUAGACAUUAAUUUAAUUUAUUUACGACAUUGGAAGAACACCGUCAGAAAGAAGAAGACAAAUUACAAAUGUAAUUUCAAAAACGUAGAUAAUUAUAUGACACAGUUUGUUGCUGACUAUAAAUGUUAGCUUGAGCAAAAAUUAGAAAAUAGAAGAAAAAAAAAGUGAGAUCAUGCGAAAAGGUAGUAGAGAUUUUAAAAUAAAAAAGGAAGGGGGGGGGGGGUGUGAGGAGUAUAAAUAGAAACAAAACAGAACAAAAAUAUGACGGAUAUGUUGGGUGGACUAGGUUUAGUUGCUUGUUGAUUGAAAAAAAAUGUAAAAGGUUUGAAUUUGUUAUAGAUAUUUGGAUUUGCUAAAAGACUACGAUCCCAAUCCAUUGAAAAGGUUGGAAUGUGAAAAUUUCAGUUAAAUGUGUUAGAAACCCAAGAACCCGAAACCAAUACGAGAGCUAGAAAGAGCUGGAUUUUGAUAUUUUUAUUUGUUUUUAUUUUUAAUAUUUUGGUUGGUUAUGGUGGACAGAAAAUGGAAAGAAAAAAUAAAAAAUUUAAUGAAUAUAAACAUAGAGUUUUUAAAAAAUAUGAUGAAAAACUAUUGCGAAAUUCUACAAAUUUAGCCUAACUCCCCAAAAAAUCCAAUUCAAGUUCCAGGCAGUGAAUUCACACCAUCAAGCAUCUUCCCCUAUGGACACAGUCGCAGUAAAAGUGGCGAAUCUUCGCUGCAAGAAGUCAAUACAUCGAUUUCGACAAGAACUAGUGCUGAUGCAACGGUAAGCUUGGCAGGCUUCAGUAGAUGAUCAGAUUCCUGAUGUUUGAUUUUUCAGAGCGGAACUCAAUCGCUGUCUCGAAGUGCAACACCAAUUCGAACUCGUCUAGCUGAAGCUUUCGAAUCGAAAAGUUUUAGUCAUCAGAAAAAAGGCAGUGAUGGUUCAACAUGCUCCUCUUCCUCGUCGUUAUCUGCAAAUGGUGCAAACGCUGCGCAAAAUCAAUUUUAUCUGGCUAGAGUUGGACUUGAUGAUGAUCUUCAAACCACUGAUGGCGCCAAUUAUAAAUGUAUCAAGGUAUAGCAUUUCACAGCAAAAUAUCUUAUUCAUGUUUUGUUUUUUGCAGAUUGAGAAUAGUGAUCGAAUGCCGCAAUUGAUUGCUCGAGCACUUGAGAAACAUUUACUGGAAGAUGACAAGAAUCAUUAUCAAUUGAUACAAUUGUUGCCACGUGGCGGGGAAUUGGUAUUGCCCGAUAAUUGUAAUCCGUUUUAUGCGAUGGCUCCCGAUCCGACGUCGCCAAUGUUGAAUUUGUUGUUGAGGUGAGCGUUGAAGAUACUUGGGUUUUGGUGAUUUUUUUCUCGAACUCAAAAACUAAACAUGGCACUUUACUUGAACUAUAGCAGAUAUAUUUUUAAGAUUAGGGUUUCAUUCAGAAUUUUUCAAAAUCAGAAUCAAACUUACUUCGUCUGAAUCUGUGAACCUACAGUACUACUGCUUUUUAAUUUAGGAAUUUUAAAAAGUACGAUCUAGAAAAUACGAUAAACCAGAAAUUUAUAGUGAUUCUUGGGCUCAAUUUUGUUCCAAAGCAAAAUUUAUGUAAUAUUUUCAUUAAUCUUUCUCUAGUUGUCUAACACUCUCUUCACUCUUCACAAUGUUUUUGUGAAAUUUCACACCUGCAGAGUCAUAGACAGAGAGUAAAAAAUAUUUUCAAGAAAAUGAUUGCGAAAUUCUGGAACAUAAAAUUGUUUGCAGAAAACGCGACGCCAACGGACAAGUCGCCAACGGCAAUUCACCACAACUUGGACCAUCUGCCAAAAAACUCAACAAAAUGAAACGCACCAAUCUAUUACGCUGGAGUAGCGGAUAUUUAUAG